UCACACCACAAACAGACACGCACUCUUCACUACUUCACCUUGCUCACUUAUCCUCCUCAUUAUGGGAAACCUCCAACUUGUCAUAGCCACCCUAGCCGCCAUACUCAUAGCCACCGCCACCCUCCCGGCAACCGUCGUGGAGGGCGCCGUGGCCGACAUUGUCACUCCAGAUUUCUUCAACAGCAUAAGAAACCAAGCACCAAACAGCUGCGCCGGGAAAAAUUUCUACACUCGUGAUGCCUUUCUACAGGCCGCCAACUCCUACCCCAACUUUGGCAACCGGGGAUCCCUCGCCGGUUCGCAGCGCGAGAUCGCCGCCUUCUUUGCCCAUGUAACCCACGAAACCGGAAGCAUGUGCUACAUUGAAGAGAUUAACCGCGCCACUUACUGCGACACGAGGCAGUACCCGUGCGCGCAGGGCAAGCAGUACUACGGCCGGGGCCCGCUCCAGCUGACGUGGAACUACAACUAUGCGGUGUGCGGCCAAGCCCUCAACUUCAACGGCGUCGGAGACCCGGAUGUCGUGGCCAGGGACCCGGUGCUAGCGUGGAGGACGGCGUUGUGGUUCUGGAUGACCAACGUCCGCCCCGUCCUGCCUCAGGGCUUCGGCGCCACCAUCCGGGCCAUUAACGGCAUGGAAUGUAACGGCGGCAACGCGCCCGCCGUCCGGGCCAGGGUGAGCUACUACAACUCCUACUGCCAGAGGUUCGGAAUCCAGCCCGAGGCUAAUACCGGCUGUUGAUUACUCCAUCCAUCUUCCUCGGCGACCAGCGAGGACCAAAAUAAAUAGCUAGCUUCGGAACAAUUAAUGGUGUGUAUUUGUUCGGAUCGGAGCGAAGCCCUGGGCUCGACCGUCGUUUAUUUUUACUUAUUUCAUUUUGAAUGUACGUUCAUCUUCCUACUUUCUGGCAUCGCAUUGUAGCCCUCUUAAUAAAUAAAUAAAUAUAAGAUUUUAAG